GGCUAGGGAUGGGCUGGAGGUGAGCUGCAGCCAUUAGCACACACAACUCGCAUCAUCUGAAAAGCAAGAUACAGCGGCUGAUUGUUUUCCUAACUGACUUUAUCUGAAGCUGCCGAGCAUCGUCUGGCGGAGAGAAGGGGAGCAGCUGAGGUCUCUUUCAGCACCUUGGACAGCAGAAGCAGGAGAAAAUGGCUCCAAUCACAAGCAGCAGAGAUGCUUUUGAUGAAAUUCCUUCAAUGGUUGGACUGGUCAGCGGGUUUGGACUUGUUUUUACUGUGUCUUUGUUCUCGUGGAUUUGUUGCCAGCGUAAAUCAACCAAAUCCAACACAACGCCUCCAUACAAGUUUGUCCAUGUGUUGAAAGGUGUUGACAUAUACCCUGAGAGCCUAAACAGCAAAAAGAAAUUCGGAGCCGACGAAAAAACAGAACUAGCUCCCAAAUCUCUCCUCUCAAAGACUUCUCUGCAUCUUGAUCUUGAAAAAAGGGACUUAAAUGGCAAUUUUCCUAAAGCCAAUAAAGUCAGAAGCUCUCCAGACCUUGAGGAUUUUUCGCAGCCUCAAUUACCAGAAAAAGACAAAGAUUCAAUUUCUCCUGAAAGCGUCAAGUCCAGCGCUUCUAUAUUAUCCGUAGACAAGCAAGAUAAGCUAGGAACCCUCUUUUUCUCUCUAGAGUACAACUUUGAGAAAAAAGCAUUUGUAGUGAACAUCAAAGAAGCCAGAUCCCUACCAGCAAUGGAUGAACAGUCCAUGACGUCCGACCCCUAUAUAAAAAUGACCAUACUUCCUGAGAAGAAACAUAAAGUUAAAACUAGAGUGCUCAGAAAGACUCUCGACCCAGCCUUUGAUGAGACAUUUACAUUUUAUGGAAUUCCUUACAGCCAGGUCCAAGAUUUGGUUCUUCACUUUAUCAUCUUGAGCUUUGACAGAUUCUCUAGGGAUGAUGUCAUUGGUGAAGUCUGCUUCCCUCUAUCGGGAAUUGACCUGUCUGAUGGCAGAGUGCUAAUGAACCGGGAAAUCAAUAAAAGAAAUGUCCGGAAAUCAACAGGACGUGGAGAACUGCUAAUCUCUCUUUGCUACCAGUCAACAACAAAUACUUUAACUGUUGUGGUGCUUAAGGCUCGGCAUUUACCAAAAGUUGACGUAUCAGGAUUAUCAGAUCCUUAUGUAAAAGUGAACCUUUAUCAUGCCAAGAAAAGAAUUUCUAAGAAGAAAACUCAUGUCAAGAAGUGCACCCCAAAUGCAGUAUUCAAUGAAUUGUUUGUCUUUGACAUUCCUUGUGAGGGCCUGGAAGAUAUAAGUGUUGAGUUCCUUGUCAUGGAUUCAGACAGAGGAUCAAAGAAUGAGGUUAUUGGUCGAUUAAGUCUGGGGUCUUCUGCAGAUGGAACAGGUGGCGAGCACUGGAAAGAAAUCUGUGAACAUCCCCGGAGGCAAAUUGCCAAGUGGCAUAUGUUGUGCGAUGGUUAGCAAUGAAAUAGAAAUGAGUGGACCUUACCUGUUUCCAUAAAUUGUUUUAUUUCUAGUGUAAAAUAAUUUUAAAAAUGCUUGUAACUACAUUUUUUUUGUUUAUGUGGCUGAUGUAGGAAGAAAUAGCAGAAAAAAAAUGCCAACCAAAAAAAAAAAAAAAAAA